AUGAAUAUCGAGCAUCCCGAUGUCCACCGCGUCACGGAUGACCGCGUGGCUCACUACCUCCAGUUUAUUCAAGAGAUAGGCUUCGGCAACUGGGGCAGCGUCUGGCUUGCACAUCCAAGACAUGCCCACCACCAGGCGGUCGGCAUGCCAGUCGCGGUCAAGCUUGUUAUCCGCGACCAGACACCCGAAAACGCUGCUCGGCUCAGGUCUCUAUGGCGGGAGAUGAAGAUUGUGAGCGCAUUCAAGGAUGACCCACAUCCGUCCAUCGUCCCGUUUCACUCGUUCAUUAUGACGCCCCUUCGGGCAAUGAUCACCAUGCCAUACCUCCCCCGACUCGUGCCUGUGGAAGUGCCUGAACCAAAAGCCAAGAAUUGGUUCCGAUCGCUUCUCUCUGGCAUUCACUUUCUGCAUGUUCGAGGCGUCGUUCAUAACGAUAUCAAACCUGCCAACAUUCUCUUAUCUCCCGAAGGAGUCCCAGUUCUCGUCGACUUCGGCUUCGCAGAGAAAACGCAACGCAACAAGCUCAAUCCUUUCCAGAGCAAUCUCACAUAUGGUACUCCAGAGUAUCUGUCUCCCGAGCGGGCUCGGGGCAUAGCUCACGACACCCGCAAGUCGGACGUCUGGUCCCUCGGUGUCACCUUUUUCGAGAUCCUCGUCGGCCGGACGCCGUUCGAGCUCGCAGAGGGCGAGUCGCUUGAGACGCAGGAGGACCUCGAGAAGUACUGGGAAAGAACGAUGCGCGGCGAAUGGGUGGGAACGUGGUCGUUUUCGAAGUCUGUAGAGAAGCUGCUGAGGCGCAUGAUUAUGCCGAACGCCGACUUGCGCUGUAAUACGGAGCAGGCAACGAGAGAUGUGUAUUGG